GCCUCCUCAUGCCCUGCCUGAGCCCCCCGGGCCCCCCGCGGCGCCGCCGGCAGCGGCGGGGCUGGCCGGUGCCCCCCGGUGGCGCGGCCGGCGGGGCCGCUCCAGCAGAGUUUGGUGCCCUACUUCACUCUACUUUAGUUUCACUCACUUUACAUCCGGGCUUUUUCCCUAGGCAAUGGGAGCCGCAGCACAGCCCGUUCCUUAGGCAAAGGGAAAUAAAUUCGCCGCACCGACACGUCAAGUAGUCCCCCCUCAGGAGAAACGCCGAGCCCGCCCUCCCGGCUCAGCCCCGGCCCGGGCCCGGCCGGCGGCCCCCCGCUGGGUGACAGGAAGGGGGAGGCGCGGGCCCCUCGCUCCGCGCGCCCCGCCAGCACCCCCCCGUGCCCCCCCCGCCGUGGGUCUCCGGCGGCGGCGGCGGCGGCGGGCCGGGGCGCGCGCGCGGCGGCGGCGCGUCGGGAGCGCGCCUGAGGCAGGCAGGCAGGCAGGCCGGCGGCGGAGGGAUCCCGGAGAGCGGUGCUGCGGCCGGGCCGGGUGAAUGGGAUUGAAGAAGAGUUCAGCUUCUCGGCUUGUUUUUGUGUCACAGUUUCUCUCCUCCUGCGCCUCUUCGGCUUCGUGCCUCCCUCCCCGCCCGCCCCCUCCUCCCCGCCGCAGGAGGAGCCCCCCGCGGAGAGGGGGAAGGAAAAGGACCCCACAGAGGCGAGAGCGAGCGAAGAGGAGGAGGAGAAGGGAGCAACCUACCAUCUUCCACUCCCCGCUUAGCUUAAAGAAAGUGAGAGGAGGAGAGAGAGAGAGGCGCCCAGAAGAGGGGGACAGGGAGGCCCGGAGGAGCGGCGGCGCCGGCACCCUCCCCCUAUGAAGAAGAGUCCUCCCCCUCACAGAGAGGUCCUGCCAGGGGGACCCCGGCCGGCCCGCAGCACCACCGCCGCCGCCAGCAGGAUUAGUGACUACCAUCAGCACUCCCACACUGAGUGUGACUACCCCAGCUCCAAAUACCAUUCUCCAGAUGCUAAAGUUCCCAUUUGUGUGCUUUUGAGGAGAAGGAAGGAAAAAGCAAAGCUUUUAAGGGGGAGCAGUGAGAGUGCCAGCUGACUGGAAUGUAGGGGAAGGAAGAUCAGAGCACAUCAGUACAGUAAUUUUGGAGUGCUUCCUGUUGACUUGUUAAUACUGCAUGGAAUUUGGCCCAGGCAAUCUGCUGUUGUGAAUCAGCAUCAUUUAUUCACUUGAGUAUAGGUGUGCCUGUCAUUAUUUGAGAAUCUGCUCCACUUGAGAGAUAACAGGUCAGUCUGGAGGGGGUAGAGAGCUGAAGGGAGUAACUUUCUCAAAACCGCACUGGUGUUAAAGAGGAAACCAGAAACUCAAGGCACUGGAAUCAGCAAAGACACUUCUAGAGAAAGUGGAGAAGGUAGAGAAUGGAGCUGCAGACUCUACAGGAGGCUCUGAAAGUGGAAAUUCAGGUUCACCAGAAACUGGUUGCCCAAAUGAAGCAAGACCCACAGAUAUUUUUUCUUUCUAAUCAGAACGCUGAUUUGAAGAAACAGCUUCAUGAACUUCAAGCCAAAAUCACAGCUCUGAGUGAGAAACAGAAAAGAGUGGUGGAACAGCUUCGAAAGAAUUUGAUAGUGAAGCAGGAACAGCCAGACAGUAAGUUUCAAAUACAGCCAUUGGCACAGUCAGAAAACAAACUACAGACACCACAGCCGCAACCACUACAACAGCUACAGCAACAUCACCAUCAACAGCAGCAGCAGUCUACUGCACCCUCUCCAAAUGUGAUUGGAUCACAGAAAACUGUAACUACAGCUUCUAUGAUCACCACUAAGACACUACCUCUCGUCUUGAAAGCAGCAACUGCGACCAUGCCUGCCUCUGUUGUGGGUCAGAGACCUACCAUUGCUAUGGUUACUGCUAUCAACAACAAUCAGAAAGCGGUCCUCAGCACUGAUGCACAGAAUGCACCAGUCAACCUCCAGACAACAAAUAAGGUCACUGGGCCAGGAGCUGAGGCAGUCCAAAUAGUGGCAAAAAACACAGUAACUUUGCAGGUUCAGGCUACGCCUCAGCCCAUAAAAGUGCCGCAGUUCAUCCCUCCUCCCAGACUUACUCCUCGUCCAAAUUUUCUUCCACAGGUUCGACCUAAACCAGUUGCCCAAAAUAACAUUCCUAUUGCCCCAGCACCUCCUCCAAUGCUUGCAGCUCCUCAGCUUAUCCAGAGGCCUGUGAUGUUGACGACAAAGUUCACGCCCACCUCUUUACCCAACUCUCAGAACUCCAUACAUCCAGUUCGUGUAGUUAACGGGCAGACAGCAACCAUAGCCAAAACCUUCCCCAUGGCACAGCUCACCAGCAUCGUGAUAGCAGCGCCAGGUACCAGGCUCGCUGGACCUCAGACUGUACAGAUCAGCAAACCAAACAUUGAAAAACAGACUAUUAAACCACAUGUGGAAGCAGAAGAGAAGCAAACAGAAAGUUGUACAGUUACUCCACCUGCUGCACCGAAGCCAAAACGAGAAGAAAAUCCACAGAAACUUGCCUUCAUGGUGUCUCUGGGACUAGUUACUCACGACCAUCUGGAAGAAAUCCAAAGUAAGCGACAAGAGAGGAAAAGAAGAACAACAGCAAAUCCAGUGUACAGUGGAGCCGUUUUUGAGCCUGAGCGCAAGAAGAGUGCAGUCACGUACCUGAACAGCACAAUGCAUCCCGGGACACGCAAAAGAGGUCGUCCACCUAAAUACAACGCGGUGCUGGGGUUCGGGGCUUUGACCCCCACAUCCCCUCUGUCCAGUUAUCCUGACUCCCCCGAAAAUGAAAAGACAGAGACCACAUUUACUUUUCCUGCAGCUGUUCAACCCGUGUCCCUGCCUAGCCCCAGCUCCACAGACGGCGAUAUCCAUGAGGAUUUUUGCAGUGUUUGCAGAAAAAGCGGGCAGUUGCUGAUGUGUGACACGUGUUCACGUGUUUAUCACCUGGACUGUCUGGACCCGCCUCUGAAAACCAUUCCCAAGGGCAUGUGGAUCUGUCCCAAAUGUCAAGACCAGAUGCUAAAGAAGGAAGAAGCAAUCCCAUGGCCAGGAACUUUAGCAAUCGUUCAUUCAUAUAUUGCAUAUAAAGCAGCAAAAGAAGAGGAAAAACAGAAACUACUUAAAUGGAGUUCAGAUUUAAAACAGGAAAGAGAACAACUAGAGCAGAAGGUUAAACAGCUCAGCAAUUCUAUAACGAAAUGCAUGGAAAUGAAGAAUACCAUCCUUGCAAAACAGAAGGAGAUGCACAGCUCCUUGGAGAAGGUAAAACAGCUGAUCCGCCUCAUCCAAGGCAUCGACCUUUCAAAACCCAUAAACUCUGAGGUCAAUUCAGUAGCCAUCUCCAAUGGCAUGGACUCCACUAACAAUACUAAUGCUGCCACCUCCACCUUAGCCUCCUCCCCUUCCCAGAGCUGCAUGGUGAACUGUACCAAGGGCGAUGAGACUAAAUAACACAGUGAAGUUAAGAAGGAGCCGAGGGAGGUGGCGGCGAGGAGGAAGAGCAAAAUAAUGAAACUCUAGUAAAGCAAAACUGGAUUUCUUCUGGAAAGUGCAGAAUUCUUUAGUUCUUUGGUUCCAGAGAGAGCGUGAAGAUGCUUGUGCCAGGCGGCACCGGAGUUUGCCAAUUGAUCCUUCUUAUUCUGUGUGUACAUGCAAAGUUUGGAUCAUGUUACAUGAAUAGUGCCAGCUGGGGGUUCUUUGCCAGCACCAUGCCAAGUGAAAUAAUAUAUUUACUCUCUCUAUAUUUUACACCAGUGUGUGCCUGCAGCAGCCUCCACAGCCACUAUAGGUUUGUUUUAUUUUUGUUUGGGGUGAGGAGCAGGGAUGAGGGAGGAGAGCAGGUUUCAAAUCCUUAUUUGCAGAACAGUUUGUUUAGCUAGGGGAAAACAAAAACAAGUCCAAAGAGCCUGUGGGCUUUUCCUGUUUCUAAACUCUCAGUACUAUUAAACCAAAAAAACAGAAUUAUAAAUUAUCAAAUCCCAGUGCCCAGAAGGGACGAGUCUAUCAAAUAAGCAGUAUUUACUAUUGUUUAGACAGGAGAUGUACAAAAGGAAAGGAGAUGGACUUUUCACUGAGUAACCAGCACAUGUACAGGCUGAGGAUCUGCUGUCCCAACAGCUUUGGGUUAAUCCUGUUUCUUCACGUUAAACAACAGACAUGCUUUGCAGAAUGGGUUUGGGUCCUCACACUCAUGCAGAAAGCCUGUGUUGGGAAUGGGAGAACAGAGGGCCAGAAUCCAGGGUCAGCUUGGAGCAUUGGACGGAGUGUCCCGAGAGAAAAUGUGCAUCGAUUACUUGAAAAUGAGAUUCCAGCCCUUUUCUAUAUUUAUAAACAACAAAGGUAUCCUGAACAAAGUAGCACAUGACCCAGAUGUGUGAACUGAACAGAGAAAUGUCCUUUUCUUUCACUUCCUUUCUCUUCUUUUGGUAACAAGAACUAAAUAAGGAAUAGAAAAGCUGUUUUUCAGGCUGACAGUCUAAUUAAAGAGGUAGAUGGGACCUUGCAUGGUAUAGAUUAGAAGUAAUAGUGUCAGUGAGAUACAGUGAGUCUUUGUGAGUCCUUGUGUCAUCGUUUUGGGCACUGUUUUUUUAUGCAAGGGCAAAAUCUUUGUAUCUGGGGGAAAAAACCCAACUUUUUUAAAUUAAAAAGGAAAAUAAAAGAUAUUGAGGUCUUCCUAGUGUUACUUAAAAUAAGAUCAAGGUAAGAAACAUUGUAAAAAAAAAAUUACAAAAGUGCUAUUUGUUUCCUAAACAAGUGAUUUCUAUUAAAAAGGUGUCAGAACUGGAGAAAAUGCUGUGUACUUAGAAUUUUUUAACACAGACUUUGCUUAUUUAUGAUGA